AUGGCUGUCGAAGCUAUCACGACCAUCUCGCCGACCACCAACAAACCCGUCCUCACACGACACGGCCUCGCACCCGAGGAUAUCCUAAAACUCGGGGUGACUGCACAGGCGGCGCAGAAAUCCUAUCUCCAGACCCACGCAACACUCUCCAGCCGGCAGCAGAUCGUCGCGCGCGCACUCGAACUCCUCCUCCAACGACAAGAUGAGCUGGCACUGGAGUUGACGGAGCAAAUGGGUCGCCCGAUCGCAUAUACAGCCAAGGAGAUCACGACGGCGGUGAAGCGAGCAGAGUACCUGAACAAGAUCGCGCCGGAGGUGAUCGACGUGGAGUACCCAGGCGAGGCGGAGGCAGGGUUCAAGCGAUACCUGCGCCGGGAGCCGGUCGGGGUGGUGCUGGUGAUAUUUGCGUGGAAUUAUCCGUACCUGAUCCUCGUCAACAGCUUGAUUCCCGCGCUGCUGGCCGGGAACAGCGUCAUUCUCAAGCCGAGCCCGCAGACGCCGACGAUCGUCGAGCAUGUCGUGGAGAUCUUCAAGGAGGCCGGCCUACCGGAGAAUGUAAUGCAGUAUCUUCACUGCGGCUCGCCGACGGAUCUGCAGCCGUUGAUCCUCAGUCCGGACGUCAAUCAUAUCUGCUUUACGGGCUCGGUGGCGGGUGGGCUGGCGAUUCAGCAGAUCGCGGCCUCGCGCGUCAAUGUCUCGGUCGGCCUGGAGCUCGGUGGGAAGGAUCCCGCAUACAUCCGGGCAGAUGUGGACGCGGCGUGGGCAGCUGAGGAAAUCGUGGACGGCGCUAUAUUCAACUCUGGGCAAUCGUGCUGCUCGAUCGAGCGCGUCUAUGUGCAUGAAGACAUUUACGAUAGGUUUGUCGAUGCGGUCAAGAAGAUCCUGGCUGGGUACCGCCUAGGCGACCCGUCGGAAAAGGCGACGCACAUCGGUCCCGUGGUGUCCUCGCGGUCCAAAGACGCCAUUGCGGCGCAGGUGAAAGACGCACUUUCUAAAGGCGCCAAAGACGAGACACCAUCAAACGCGACCUUCUCCUCGCCUCCGUCUACAGGAGGAAAUUGGGUGGCCCCCGUGCUUCUCACGCAUGUCAAUCACGACAUGGCCGUGAUGACAGAGGAGACAUUCGGGCCCGUGAUUCCCGUGCAGAAAGUGUCGUCGGACGACGAGGCCGUCUCGCUGAUGAACGACAGCGUGUUUGGCUUGACGGCGUCGGUCUGGACCAAAGACAUCGCUGCGGGCGAGAAGCUGGCCCGCCACGUUCAGGCUGGCACUGUCUUCGUCAAUCGCGCGGAUUUCCCGAGCCCUGAUCUUGCCUGGACCGGCUGGAAGGAUAGCGGCAAAGGUGUCACAUUGAGCAGGUUUGGUUUUGACCAGUUCCUCAAGUUGCAGAGUGUCCAUGUUAAGGAGCAUCCUAAGUAG